AUGCAUGCAGUCUGGAUAUUUCUCCUAUUCAUUGAGGAGGGAUUUGCGGUGGCACAAAAGACUAAAGAUGGAGGAGCGGGAUCAAAAGGAGUUAAACCUUCUCAACAGCCACAGCAUUCACAUCACUGUGGAAACUGGGUACGAAACACUGAUGGGGGCACCUUCAGCUCCCCCAAUUACCCAAAUACCUACCCUCCGAACAAGGAGUGCCUUUACAUACUGGAAGCCCUGCCCCGCCAGAGAAUAGAGCUGCUCUUUGAUGACACCUUCUACAUCGAGGCAUCAUUUGAGUGCCGUUUUGACCACAUCGAGGUGCGGGACGGUCCCUUCAGCUUCUCGCCACUCAUCAAUCGCUUCUGUGGCUCAGCCAAUCCCGGACUCGUCCUCUCCAGCGGACGCUUCAUGUGGAUCCGCUUCUUUAGUGAUGAAGAGCUGGAGGGGAUCGGCUUCCAGGUCCAGUACAGCUUUACUGCAGACCCUGAAUUUCAUCUCCAUGUGGGAGGACUUUUAAACCCUAUCCCAGAUUGUCAGUUUGAGCUCUCUGGGGCUGACGGCAUGAUCCGUUCCAGUCAGGUGGAGGAGGAGUACAAAGUGAGGCCAGACCAGGCAGUGGACUGCAUCUGGACUAUACGGGCCCCAACAAACAACAGGAUUUACCUGCGAUUCUUGGAAUACCAGAUGGAAAACUCAAAUGAAUGUAAGAAGAACUUUGUGGCUGUUUAUGAUGGAAGUAAUGCCAUUGAGGACCUAAAGGCCAAGUUUUGUAGUACAGUAGCUAAUGACGUCAUGCUGGACACUGGUGUGGGAGUAGUGAGGAUGUGGGCUGAUGAGACAAGCCGUCUCAGCCGUUUCCGGAUGCUGUUCACGUCUUUUGCUGACCCACCCUGUGUGGGCAGUGCGUUCUUCUGCCACAGUAACAUGUGCAUCAACACUUCUCUGGUGUGCAACGGUGUACAAAACUGUGUCUUUCCUUGGGACGAAAGCAACUGCAAAGAGAAGAAGAACAAAGGUGUUUUUCACCAGAUCACAAAGACCCACGGUACAAUAAUCUGUGUCUCUACGGGAGUCGUGCUGCUGCUCCUCAUUGUCUCCAUCCUUGUGCAAGUCAAACAGCCACGAAAAAAGGUGUUGGUACGUAAGAAUAAUCUGUUUCACCGGGGCGACUUCCAGGAGGUGUUUGACCCUCCGCAUUAUGAACUCUUUACUCUCAGAGACAAGGAGAUGUCUGGAGACCUCGGGGAGUUAUCGGAGGAGCUCCAGUCCCUGCAGGCGCUCAGGAGAUCCUCGUCAGGUUCACGUUGCAUACACGAACACCACUGUGGCUCACACGCCUCUGUCAACUCCAUCAAAGCCAGUCAGGGUGCACAUGGCCUGGCCGUGGGAUCCAUGGAGCUUCCCCCAUUCAGAGGGGACUCCCAGAGCACCUUACCUCCCUUCAGAGAAUUGAACAGCGGUCUGCGUAAGAAGAGCUGGCCUAGUAUGAAACCGGGUCGAACGCAGGGCCAUCACAGUGUGGGGGAUAGACCACUGGGGCGGCAGGAUAGAGUGAUGGAGGAGGAUGAAGAGGAGGAGGAGGAUGGAAGGUAUGAUAUGUAUGUGCGCAGAGCAGGAAGCCGAAGAGGGAACUAUGAAAUGGCCCAGCAAAGAUCCUUGUCCAUGGACUUCUGA